AUGGCGGCAUCGGCCGCAACAUACAAGGACCGGCAAUUCCUUGCUGUCAUUGGUGAUGAAGACUCCGUUACUGGUCUUUUGCUCGCAGGCAUCGGGCAUGUCACCGAACCACCAGGCUCCCAGAGAAACUUCCUUGUCGUAGAUUCCAAAACCGAGACCUCGGAGAUCGAACGGGCCUUCCAGAGCUUCACCCAGGAGAGGAAAGACAUUGCUGUGCUCUUGAUUAACCAGCAUAUCGCAGAGCGCAUCCGCCAUGUCGUCGACGCAUUCGCCGAUCCUUUCCCAGCUGUCCUCGAAAUCCCCAGCAAAGACCACCCUUACGACCCGGAGAAGGACAGUGUUCUCAAGCGUGUCCGCCGCCUGUUUGGAGAGUAG